AUGACUAAAAUAUACAACUUAGCAUACCCCAACUAUGAGAGUUUGGGCUAUGUUGUUGCAACUGCUAAUUUAUAUGAUAAACAUGACCGUUCCGCGCCGUCAGAUUUUCAUUGGAAAAUAUUGAAGUGUAGAAUGAUUAUAUUCUCCCACUCGUCUGUACUGGCAAGUCCAGAUAAAUGUGACGUUAAGAAAGUUCAUAUAAUAUUCCCGCGUCGUGGUGAAGAUUAUGACCGUCUAAAUUCAUUGUUCUUGAGAUUUUCUCUUAUCCAGGACGGAGAUAUACGCAAGGUGGAAAGCGAUAUAUACAAAAUGUGUUUCUAUUACACUAUGAGUGCGAAAAUAGCACCUACCUGGAAUACAGUAGGAUACAAUUAUUUCAUAAAUAAUAGGAAUUUCUUAACAACAGCAGGUAUUCAAGAAGGCAUUCAAUAUAAUAUCAUUAUACUUGAAUUAAAGCCGGUGAAAAUAAAUCUCAUGAGAUGUAACGAUAAGUAUUAUCCCGGGGAAUGUAUAAGAGUCCUACCUAGUUUGAAUAAAGCAACAAUUGAAGAAUACUAUGAAGCAGUCCCCAUGACGAGCGAUUUUAAAUGUUACAAAGAUUUGCGUCGACACUGGAAGAACAUUCAUGGAUACCGUUUGCCCGAAGAAGAGCGUCCUUGUUACUCAGUGAGGUUCUGGCGUGGCGAACCAUUAACUUAUCCAGAUAUCUGCCUCACUAGAGCAUUUCCCAUCAUCACACCUAUGUCUAAAUCUGCUGAAAAGGCCGUGCUAGAAAAGUUUAUCAAUUGCUUGACGGGUAAAAUGUCCUAUAUGCUUGGCUAUCCCCUUAAUAUUAAUAAAGAAAUUUGUGGACAUAAUGAAAGUAACGUGGAAACACAAGCAGUCAGUCUUUGCACUCCAACACAACACGGAAAAUAA